UUAACUAGACAUUGGAAAUCAUUAUCGUGUUCCUGUCGCAAGACCUGCAUUGGGUUUCUGAUUGGUCGUCUGCGAUUAAAUAUUAAUAUGGCAUUUCCAUAUAGAUUUCAACAUUGUCAAUUUUGUCACGUGGUUAAAUAAUUUAUGACGUCAUUUUUAAUUCUGAGGUGGGUGGUCAAGAAGUAUUUGUCUGCCAGCACAUACUGAGAUCAGUCAGAAGGUUACAUUAGGCCAAGAGUGACGGAGGAAAGAAAAGAAAAAAGAAGAAAAUGUUAGUGUCCGGAAUUACGUCAUCCUUACUUAUAUUCUUCCUGCUGGUUCAGACAGAGGCUAAGCCCACGACACCUUUACGACAGAAGCGCGCCCCAGGGUAUCAAUUCCCGCGCUUGGGAAGGUCGCAAGAAUACACAGUAAACAAGAGACCUUUACAAUUUCCACGUUUGGGUGGAAAGAGAUCCUCUACGUCAACGAACUUCGACAGUUUCCCAGAUACUAAUGUUGAAGAAAUUCUUCCAGUUAUAAACCAUGAUUUAUUAGAUAUUUUACAUAUGGACCAAAAUGAUUUUCCAUCCCAGGAAAUAGAUCAGGGUUUCCAUGUGAACAAACGAAAGAUCCAAUUUCCACGGUUGGGAAGGAAACGCAGUUACGUAGAUGACGAAGAGAGAAUGAGAGCAUAUGCUGAUAAAAUGAUAAGCGAGGCUGAUACACAAAUUGACCAGGAUGUUUUGAAGAAACUGAUUUCAUUGCUUAACACAAAAGGGGACAGCCAGAGCGACACGCUCAUUAUCAUAUGAAGACUUGAAAUUUCGUUCAUGACGAUUAGCAAUACAAAUGCUUUGUUUCUUUUUGUUGAUAUGCUUUCACAACUAGCUUCUACGAAGAUUGCUUCGAAAUUAACAUCACCGAAGAAAUGUAUUUUUAGACAUUUUGAAAUAAAAAUUUGAAAACGGG